UGGUGUGGCGUACUGGCGUUAACAUCACGUUUAUGUCCUCAGUCACUGUUCUGCUGUGAGUGUGUUAGGGUGUGUAGUAAGUGGUCGUAAUGCAAUACUUGUAGUUUAUGAAGCUCUGACUGCUGCAUCCCUGAAAGUCAUACAUUUGAAGUUAUUUUAAUGGACUUGUGAAAACCAAGACAAGAUCUUCGUCGUCGACCUGAACUACUACAAGUGAACCACCGACGUCGGAUAUAAACUAUUGUCGUCUGCUGGAGGGUCACUCAGCUGAUUUCGACAGGAUGUGUGGAUGAUUUCCCCUCUGAGGAGAAGACCUGGGAGCAGUAACCCACAAGGGUGGUCAUUGUAUGAGGGUUGUAGUACACAUCUGUUUACCGGAAUGGUAGGCGGGAGUGUGGGCAGGAUACUGGGUGCAGGAGGGGCAACUCAAAAUGCUCUUGAAUAUGGCCCCCCAGCGCCCACUGUCGCUGCUCCUCACACCACAUCACACACUACACUGCACCCCACCACAGCAGCCACUGAUCAUCUCUCUUUUGUGGCAAGUGGAACGUUGAGUGAAACACUGUAUUCUUCCCUUAAAAGUAUCUACGACAGAAUGACCAACUACACAAAUUCUUGUCAGGCCAACUGUUCUGGUCGUGGCGAGUGCCUCAACGGUACCUGCUUUUGUCUGGUUCAGUAUGAGGGAGAUACUUGCAGGGAUCCCAACCUUGCAUACUUUAUCAGUUUUGCCACUGUAUUUUACCUCAUAGCAGCAGUCAGUUUGGCCCAGCUGGUGGUGUGUAUUCGGGCAGAGUAUAUGAAACAAAAGACACCGUCCCUUAGGCGGGCAUGUCGAGUCACCACACAGAAGAUGCUAUAUGUAAUAACCUUUGUUGCUGCCACCCUCAGAGGAGUCUACUUUUCCUCUCCUUCAAAUGCUGACCUGAUGCUGGCACCAUCCUUUAUGAGUGCUUUCUACCCCAUCAUCCUCAGUGCUGGCUCCCUCAUCGUCUGCUUUUGGGCUGAGGCAUUCCACUUGCGAGACAUCCGAUGUGAAAGACCAAGAUUCCUUAGCAAGUCCUUUUGUGGUUUCUUGACCUUCAACAUUGUCACAUAUUCACUCCUGGUGGCAGAGAUCCUCCUCACUAGGCAGACCAAGACACAAGAGGAGAGGAGUUUCUUUAGUCAUGUGUUCAAUGGCUGCUAUGCUGUCUUGCUCUUCAUAGUUGUGGUCUUCUUCUUAAUCUAUGGAGUUGAAGUGUACUUUAAGGUACGUGGGGGCUUCGUGAAUGACACCAUUAUUGUGGGCAACGUCCAUUCCCGUACCCCUCCCCAGGACCAGCACCUCCCCCCUCUCCUUGGAUCGGCUGCUGAUCCAGAUUCCCCAGCUUCCCCAUCCUCUUCAUCCUUACCACCAUCAACUCCAUAUGAUCCUCCCACAUCACCCUCCCCAAAGAAGGUCACUUCUAAAUCAACAUCAACUCCUAUUAGAUCAUCAGGGGAGCAAGAGCAGGACCCAUCCACCCAGCGCCUUGUUCCAGAACAGAUGGCUGGGGAGUUUACCGCCAUAGCUCCACCACACCGAGGCAUUGACCAGUCACAACUACAUCAGUCACGAUUUGGCUUGGUGUUUCAAGCCUGUAUGCUCAUGAUCACAGUCUGCUUCCUCUUCUCAGAUGUUCUGGGAGGAUUUUGGAAAAAUAGGGUUCCACUCAUGUCUAGAAAUGCAUACGACAUCAUCUUUCGUGUGGUGGAGCUCGGGGUGGCUCUUUGGUUCCCCUGUGUCUUGUGGAACUGUAUGUCCCCAGAGCAGUUGUGGAUCCUCAAUCCCAAAAAAAUUCUCAAAAAGCUGGAUAUUGACAGAUCACUGGAGCUCGGGCAGCCUAUACCCCAGACCAGUGAAGCUGAUGGGAGUGGAGAGUGUUGGAUCUGUUACGACACAGAGCGUAUUGAUGCAGGACCUCUCAUCCAACCGUGUGACUGCCGGGGUGAUGUUGGUGCUGUGCAUCAUCAUUGUCUCCGUAAAUGGCUCAUGGAGUGUGCUGAAAACUCCUCAGAAAAUUUGUCAUGUAAGGUAUGUGGGGCAGUGUACCAGUUGGAGAAGGGCCAGGCAUGGUGGAUUGGCCAAGGUUUCACGGCACGGCACUGGCUGCAGACUGCCUCCUUGGUGACAGUCAUGUGUGGCACCAUAGCUGGUACUUGGGCGGUUGUACAGAUGUACGAAGAUGCUUAUAUUCGAUCACUGGCUGCUGGGGCAACACUUUUGAUCAUCUAUGUUUGUUUAAGGUUCUUGGGUUUUAAUACCUUCAGUGCAUACCAACGGGCAAGAUAUUCAGCUGUUAAAAUCCUGGGGCGUCAUUUUGCCCAACGUGACCAUGGCAACACUUCAGGGGAAUCAGCAAUUCCAGGAGCAACAGCUAAUGUUGCCACCAUCAGUUCUGAAGUAUCUGUUGAUAUGAAUGCUACUGGUGUUCCCAAGAUGCCACAGGCUGCCAUCUAAACUUGUUCCCUGGCGAGUGGUGGUGACAGAAAGAUUCCAUUACGGUAAAUAGUGAAUAGUUUGUUGAUAGUGUGAGUGAGAAACUGUGCUUUAGACACUUUGAAGGAAUUAUGAACUGCCUUCGAUAAAUAAGUGAAUGCUGGCAUUCUCUAAUGAUCCAAAGAGUAAUAUCAAUUAUAUAGUGAAUAGUCAUCUCAUAAAAUAGAAUAUAGACAAUGGUGAAGCUACUCCAGUGAAGAGAGAAUUAUACAUAAUAGUGAUAGAAGUCCUUAAUUUUAAGGCUUGUUUAUUGUCACCUCACUAGGGAGGUUGACACUGGUGUGAAACAAGGGAUGCCGAUGUGAUUUAUGGUAGACACAAUAGGACUGUACCAACUGAAACUUUGACUCGGUAAUGAGAGUUGAGAUGAAGUAUUUGUAAUCAUUUCAGUGAAUAAUCCUCAUCACCUGGACUUCGAUUUAAUUACUGUGAGUGCUGUGCAUGAGAAUUUUUGUAUUAUGAAUUGAAAAUUUUAGGGAUUAUUUCUUCUGUAAGGGUUAUUUAGUUUUAAUUAUGAUUUGGGGAUUAGGGUGUCUUAAAUAAAAUAAACGAUGAAUGGAACCUGCAUCAUUUAAUAUAUAUAAUAUACGUACAUGUAGUAGGAAACUUUGGGUGAAGUUUCAUGAUACCUGUACUUGGAUAUUUUUCCAGUUGUCUCUCUGACAUAAAGUCCUUAAUUUGUAUUCACAAAUAAGCUGUGUUGGAGAAGACACGGGACAAAUGUGUGUACUUGUAUGUGCACACACACACUUGAAUUAGUUAGCCGCAAGAAGAACUAUAGGUUGAAGCUCCCAUAUCCAGCCACUCCCACAAAAGUCAUUGUUUUUAGAAACUCCUUUACCUGGCAAACCACCUAAAGAAUGGUGCGGUCAGAUGAUAACACGAACGAAAAUUCUACUACCCUGUGAUCCUCACAUCGAGUGGCAGUAUAUAUCGUAGUUUCACCGGUUUGCUGCUAAUGUUUUAGUGGCCUGCCAAUCAGUUCAUUUGUUUGAAUUGACAGCUGAGGGUGGUGGUGGUAUGCUUAUUUAAGUGUCAUCAUUUUAUUCUACCCUUAUUGGUAAUUACAAUACAUGUAUACUGUACCAUUUUUCUCCAUCUAAAACACUUAUAGGAAAUUAUAUACUACAAUGUGUUUAUGUACAGAUAUACAGAGUAUCGGUAACCUGUUACAUGUACUGUACAGGUACAUAAGAAAUAUGAUAUAAUAAAUAAUGGUAAUUUCCUUUAUCUGGUUUGGAGUUGGUCCCAAAGUUGCCAGCAAUGGGAUCUUCAACCUCUAUAAAAUGCAUUCUUAUAUCAUAGAACCCAAAUUAGAUAGUUUGGAUUCUUUGCACUUCUAUGAAAUUAUGAUUUAUAAGUUACUGUAUUCAGAAGUACUUUACAUUUCAGAUCCAGAUUUUACAUCCGAGUAAGAACUGGAAUCUCAUCUUUUUCAUUUGAGCUUUUACUCAGCUUUUUUAUUCAUUGGUAGAAUGACAUAUAAAGAAGAUACAGGUCUCAUGCAAUCUUCACUAUAUUUAGAUCACCCUACACCUGUAUGUAUUUAUGGAGAUUACCUUAACACUAAAGCUCAAAUAGUUGCUGAUGAAUCUGCAAAUUGAUAUAGCUAUGAUGUAAGUUCUCCAACUGUCUAUUUAUCUUUAGCAAGUGAGCCUCAAUUUUUUGUAUUUUUAGUUAGGCUGUGUGAACUGCCCAGUACCAGCUUUCGAACAGGAAAAGGCAUUUGUAUACUGCAUAUACAGUAUACUCUAUGCACGCCCACACGUACACAUUGCAAAUUUGUAUUUUGCUCUUUUCAUUUAUCACAGUUUAAUUUUAAUGACCAACAUAUAUGAUAAUCACAAUGUUAUUCAUUUUUUGCAGUGCUAGUGUAAGGAAAAAUUCAAACCACACAUGUGAAUUACUUCCAGCUGAGCAAAAAUCUUUUAUGCAUUCUUAUAUUUUUUACAUGCUUAUUGUAUUAAUAUAAUUAGUGCGGUAAAAAAACAGUUUAGAUGGUGGUGGUGACGACUAGUUGUUGCAGGAUGGUGGUGGGCAGUCGGUUGACAAGAGACACACAACUCUCAAUUGCAGAUUAUACUGUAUUCUAUUAUAUAUAUAUAUAUAUAUAUAUAUAUAUAUAUAUAUAUAUAUAUAUAUAUAUAUAUAUAUAUAUAUAUAUAUAUAUAUAUAUAUAUAUAUAUAUAUAUAUAUAUAUAUAUAUAUAUAUAUAUUUUAUUAUUGGUUUAUAAGUGCUUCAUUAUGAUAAAUCAUCUCAAGUACAGUACAGUACUCCCCAAAUUCCCAGACAGGACUGCGUCAACCCUUCAUACUGUACAGUACAUUGUUUUUAUGGGAAAAUUAGUUUUGCAAUUACAAUUUUGCAAAUCACAAGGGUUUUCAGAAAUGGAACCCUUGUGGUGUGUGUGUGUAUAUAUAUAUAUAUAUAUAUAUAUAUAUAUAUAUAUAUAUAUAUAUAUAUAUAUAUAUAUAUAUAUAUAUAUAUAUAUAUAUAUAUAUAUAUAUAUAUAUAUAUAUAAAGGAAAGAGCUCUCAAGAUCAAAAUGGAAAUGUCAAGAAGUGGGAGAGUUUGAAAAAUUUAAUAUAGAGAAUUAAUGAGUGAAGGGAAUAUUCAAGGUUAAGUCUAAGCAUAGUGUAAAACUACAUCACAAACAUCUGCUUAGAGCUUGAAUGUGAGAAGCAAAAUAUGUUAAGAGCCUCCUGACUCUCAAAUUGUUUUUUAACUAAAUUCUUUUGUUAUAAGCAGAACAACAACAAAAGCAGUUAGCAAGUGAGUGAACAGUGCCAGUACAGGUACUUAUGUCUCCUACCCUUAUGGAGACAUGUAACAUUUAGCUGUCCCUUGUCCGUCCGUCACAGUUUUUGUCAGCAGUACAUCUCGAGAUAUGUUUAUCACAAACAGAUUCAGUUUUAUGAGUCAGUGUACUGAUAUCAGCUUAAACCUUAUUCUAUUUUAAGUGCUGUUCAUCAAAAGUCUAGGAAGGUCAAAGGUUAAUUCCUUGUCGAUAAGAUGUCUCUGAAACCAUUCAACCAUCAUAAUAAAGUUUUAUUGGCUGGUGUAUAUUUUUUAAAUGUGAUGAAGACCAAUUUAAAGGUCAAUCGUCCAUCACAUUUAUCCCAGCAAGAUUGCAUAAGAAAUAUUGAUUCCAGCCAGAACAAAUUUGGUAUGUAGAUGCUCUAAUAUCAACUUAAUUAAGGUACCUAUUGAAAAAAGUCCCAAAAGACUACGAUAAAUCACAAUACAGAAAAUAUUGAAAGUUAAGGUUAAAUCAUGUGUUAAUUUAAUUUUUUGGGUAGUUGUUGGGGAUGCUGUCAGAUGUAGCUGAUAGUUAUUCCUGAUCCUCCACCUCGUAGUCAAAUGGUAAGAUAUUUGUCUGUACAUACAGUAAUUGCAUUCUUAAAGAUUUAUUUACGAUAAGUCCUUUGGUGUUUGAAAAUAAAAGAAAUUAUAUAUUUAUAAAGUGCUGUAUACAAACAUUUGAUCCAGAAGUUUACUAAUUUUUAUAGUAGAAUUAGAUAAAUAUGUAAAAUAAAAUUAUUUUGAAAUUCAUAAUAUGGGAGCUUUUUUUUUUUUUUUUUUACUUAAUUGUCGAGUCUGAUAACAAAGAAAUUGUAACGAGUAUAGUGGCUCACUUGUUACAGAUUAAAAGAGGUAAAAGGAUGAUUUUAACUCAUUAAAGAUUCAUUCCUUAAUGUGUACAGUGUUUUUAACAUUCUUUCACCUUCUUACUGUUAAUCUGUGACAAAACAAAUUAUACCUUUAAGUGUUAUCUGUUAUAAAUGGUUAGUUUUAUUUGAGUUUGUAUUUAUCAUUCAGUAUCUGCAGGUGAAUAUAAACAUAGCUAAUGUCCAUUGAAUAUUAACAACAUAAUGUCUAUAACUGUUCAUAAAUCUAGGUAUGUAUAUGAAAAGGAAAUAAGGAUGACAUAUCCACCUAUGACUGCCAUCAUCAGUCAGGUUGUGAAAAUUGCUUUAAUUUAAUGUUUUAUAUCCCUGAGAACUAGUUGUUUUACGUAUAUGACCACUGAGCAUAAAUUACUGUGCUGGUAAAGGGAGAAGUAUAUACUGUAUAAGGGAACCAUUUGUAAGGUUUGUUGAUGGUUGAUGUACAUGAAGUGACCAGGGGUAGUUCUGUGAUAGUGACAGGGGGUAGUUAACCUAGAUGGAAUAGUACCAAAUGAAUAAUGUCUUUUAAGCUAUUAUAUUUUGUAGGAAAUUUGUGAGAUUUCUUGAGAUGUCUCUUUACAUUACUUAUAAUGAUCUGCUGGUGUGCAGGGUGUUCCAAGUUGACAUCCUCCAUGUUAAUUUGCUUUGGCACAUCCAUAAAAGAAAUCUGAGACACUGUUAAGGACUUCCUUUGUUGACUAGCUGUGUAUUUUAUAGCAAGUAGCUUAGGGCAGUAUACAUACAGACCUAUCUGUUAUUAAUACCUUUUAAGAAUUCAUUCCUGGCUCUUGGGAUUAUUUCUUAGUUUUUUCAGGGAACUAAACUUAAAUAGUCUUUCUGAACAGGCUAAGAUUCUCAUCCCUUGCCAUUACACUGUAUAUAAUAUACAUAAAUUGUUAAAUAUUUUCUUUUCUUUGGUCUUAUACAUUUGAUGUAACAAAUGUACAGUAUUUAGCAAUCGAGAAUCACAUCAUACGUGAUUUAAUCAGUGUCAUUAGGGAGAUGAACUUUUCUUUAUUAUAAUCUUUUUACAGUAACACUAAUUACAGAAUGUAAUUAUGGUUGCAAUGUGAAUGAAUGGAUGAUCUUAAUAUGUUAAUCCAUUGGAUUUUCUCAAGUUAAUGUUGAUGGUUAAUAUAUGAAUAGAGAUAGAUAAGUAAUAAGAUGAUUAAACUAUCCAGCAUUUGAACAUACAAGAAUAAGCUGAGAUUCAUCACAACUACAGUACUGUAAUGUGUUUGGUUGAUGGCAACUUUUUCUCUUAUCUCUGAGUAUCUUACAAUAUUGACAGUUAUGCCAUACAAAUAUUAUUUAAAGCCAUUAGGUUAUAUUUUCUAGUUACAGUGUAUGUAAGUUUGAUGAGAUUAAUGAAUACAUAAAACAUGUUGCUAUAUUGUAUGUAAUGAUAACCUAGUACUGUAUAGUAUAUUUUAUACGCAUUCCUUUGCUUUCACCCUUUGUCUCAUCUCGUGUGAUAUUCAAAAAAUGCAAUUAAGAAAUGUCAAGUGUAAAGGGAGAUUACUAUUUAUUAAACACUGCAAAAACACUAAAGAACCACACUGUUGGGACAAUUUGAGGGGAUUAUAUCGAACGAUUUACAUUUUUACAGUACAGUACUGUAUUUGCAUAAGGAACAAAUUAUUCUGUCAGACCAGUCGAGCAGUUUACGAGUUUCAGUUUCAUCAGUGAUCCCUUUACCUUAGUGGAAAAUUAUAAUAUGCUUUUGCCAACGUUGGGAGCAUUACAUGUUUGCCUUUUCUGUUUGUCCAUCCAUCUGUUCUUGUGUCUGUCUAGCCGAAGUUUUUCUCCUUAGACGGAGCAUAUGUUUGACAAAUAUUUUCAAGUUACACAGGUUGGACCUCGCUUAUCUGGGAAGCUUGAGACCAAACCAGUUAUGUGACACUAAAAUAAGUAGAUUAGCAAAAAGGCAAAGAGAAAAUUGUACAUUAUAAGCCUACUGAUAGCUGGAAACUAACGACAGCCAGAUUCAAACACCGUCCCGAACCAUUGAAGCUGCCAGACUAUCGGGUCCCAGAUUAGCUGGGUCCAAUCUGUAUCAUAGAGUUGGGAUAGUAAAUUUGACCACUUGGAGACCAUCUCUAAACUUACACCUGUAUGUUCUUCAAUUGUACUGAUACUUUGUAGCAGUUGCAGUUUUAGAAAACAAUAAUUCUUUCAACUUCAGUUAAUUUUUCAUAACAAAGGUGUUUUGUAUUUUAUUUAAUGGAGGAAAUUUUUUCAAGAUUGAUAACAGUAUUACAAUUUUCCAUUACUACAUUUUUGUGUGUUUAAAUGUUCAUGUAUGUAUGUGUGUGUGGAUGAAUGUAAAGGUGUGCAUAUUGUCAUUGCAAUAUUACAUUGUAAAUAGUGUUAUAAUUUUUUUUUUGUACAGUACAUGUAUUAAAGAAAAAGGAUGAUUUCAAUCAUACAUGGUACUUAUAUUACAAACAUGUAAGAAGUUGGGCUUUAUUUUAAUAAUCUUCAAAACACUCCUGAUGUACCUACAGCUGAGUUGGACAUGCUUCAUCAUUGUAGUUUUGCUGCACAUCUUUCUGGGAGAAAGGUAGCCAUACUAAUCAGUAUAUUAGAAUUUUUCUCUUAGAAGGGCAAUAGCUCAUGAUGCAAUGAGACAAAUAAUUUUUAAACAAUAAUAAAAGAAUAACUGCCAGA